UUUAGAGAUGGGUAACCAGUAUGUGAAACCGCCUAGGGAAGGCAGUUCGCCAUAUACACGAUCUGGUAUACCCCCUCCAACAACAUUGAAAAAAUCUGGUUCCGAUCUGCCCAGUCAUCGAUUCAACGACCCAAUGUCCUUGGAGCUGCAUAUGGCUGACGAGCGUGUACGAGCUGCUGGUUUGAGUCCAGCUGAAAGAGAGUGGCGAAUGAAAUGGGUAAAGGAUCAGCAUCUGCACCCAGAUGAACCCAUUGUCGUUGACGCUGUACAUCGUCAGCUCAACCCGAUACGAGUACUUUAUAGGUGGCCCUGGGACAAAUUAUAUAUGCACUUCUUGAAGCCAACUUUUGGUGUCUAUUAUGGGACAGUUAUUCGUGUGACUGUUCCCAAGGUGAUUCUGACGUUCCUGGCACUGGAGACGAUGUAUUAUUAUUGGAAAUAUGAAGUCAAGGACUGGCAACAUCUGCGGGGUAUUGAAACAAUGCCCUUGAAGCAGGUCAUUACCAAUGCAAAGGAGAUAGAAGCGAAAUAUCCAGGAUUGAUAGCUAGAGGUUUGGAUGAUCCUGCAAGGCAUGGCUACUACUCGCCUACCUUUGAUAAAAGAACUGCCUAUCUUGAUGUAGGAGUUACGCAACGACCAUGGUAGACUACAUCGUCGUGGAAGAGUAGCCCCAUAGAUUUAUAGUUUAUAUAGUUGUGUGUUCUGUUAUACGUUCCUAUGCAUUGAAUCAGUAGUGAUGGCGACAUUGAGGAUGAAUAAAAUUUUCCGCCUCU